AGAUCCCUCCAUCCCUCCCCUUUUUGGAGCCAUGCGCUUCGCCGUGUCGCUGGCCAUCGGCGCUUUGGGCGCGUGGGCGCUGCCGGGGGACGAAGAGAUCUUAGAGCAGCUGCAUGCCCACAAGCAGGGCCUCCUUGAGGAGGGCUGCCGCGCCCCCGAGUGCUCCAAGCCCGUGCGGAAGUUCGAGCGGAUCGCCACCACGCAGCCAGGGUUCCAGUGGGACGAUGCCGGGGGCUACUGCGGGUCCUGGUCCAUCCAGCGCGCGGCUAUGGCCAAGGGCGCUUGGAUCUCCCAGCAGCAGGUCCGGAACCACACAGUGCCAGGGGGCGGCCACGACGAAGAGAUCCUGGCGACCAACAUCGACGUGGCCUUUAAGAAUCUGAAGAUCAAGGCUGAGGGCUUCGACUACAAGAACACCCCGACGCCUCAGGUGGAUGCGUACCGGCGCUGGAUCAAGAAGCAGCUGGUGAAUGGCCAUGCCUUGGUUUGGAUGAUCAUGCUGAACGGAGCCCACUAUCCCGUUUACCCCGGGCUUCCCUUUGGCCUCUACUCCCACGUGGAGCCUGUGGUGGGUAUCCUCAGUGACCAUCCGCUGACGGAUGAGAACUUCUAUGACGACGACGUCGUGGUGCACUACACCGAUGCAGAUGCCAACACCUACUACCGGACCAUGGCCAGCCUACCGGGCAGUUACGUCCUCUUCGCCCACUGCCCCGGCAGCGACUACGUGGGCUACCCUUGCAUCAACCAGCAGCGGGGCUUCGGCUGGGCUAUCCAGGGCUUCCUCGAUGAUGAAAAAGCACUGCCUUUGGCGCUGACCAUCGACAAGUGGCAGUCCGAGCCGGACGUGCGCAGCGGGGAAGCGCCGGCGCAGCUCACGGGCACGUUGACGCUGUCCGAGCUCACGGUGGGCAAGAAGUACGUGAUCUUCCGCUGGGACGGCGCGGACGACGCCUUCAAGCCCUCCGCGGCCCGUGUGGUGCUGCGGUUCACCGCGUCUUCGGCCACGGCGAGCUUCACGGACAAGACCCCUUUCCCCAGCGAUGGGGCUACCUAUUACCGCUGCAGGGAGGACAAGGGCGAGUCCUUGUCGCUGGUGGUAUAGCCGCCCACCGGUCGUGUGCUUGACACGAGCUGAGUGGCUUUUGGCCGGCAGCGCCGGCUCUCAUAGAAGAACCUGGCUUGGAACGAUGUAGUCGCUAUUUACCCUUGCAAACAAGUACAUUGAAUGUCGUGGGCCCAACUGGCGCAGCACAAGGCUGUAACCAUCGGCGAAGAGCCACAUCGCACGCCAAAAGCUCAUUGGCUCAAAACCAUUGUCCCCCCA